UGAUUUGCGACAGUGUCGUAAACAGUUUUCUGCUCCAUGGAGGACUUGGACCCGGAGCGGAAGUCUGUUGACAUUAGCCAGCGCGGGAGGGGGCCGCGCGCGCGAGUCUCUGUUAAACUUUAACCGCUCCGGUUUGAGCGGUUCGGACUCGCCUCGCGCCGGUCCCGGGAGCUCUGACCAUGUCCGCCCUCAGGGCUGCCAAACACGCGCUCAGGCGGGAGAUGAAGCGGCGCGUGGCCGCGCUCAGCCCGGAGGAGAAACGGCGGCAGUCCCGCGUGCUCGCACAGAAGCUACUCGCCCACCCCAGGUACGUGUCGUCUGAGCGUGUGGCGGUGUUCCUCAGCAUGGAUGAUGAGGUGUGCACCAGAGACAUCAUCGUAGACCUUUUGGGGCGGGGCAAGAGCUGCUUCAUCCCGCGGUACGACGGCGGCAGCUCCCACAUGGACAUGCUGCGGCUGCACAGCCUGGAGGACAUGGACGCCCUGCCGCUGACGUCCUGGAAUAUCCCGCAGCCUCCGCACGACGACCACAGCCGGGAGGAGGCCCUCAGUUCAGGAGGUCUGGACCUGAUGCUGAUGCCGGGCCUGGGCUUCGAUCGGGCCGGCAGACGUCUGGGCCGGGGGAAGGGCUUCUACGACACGUACCUGCAGCGCUGCAGCCGACACCCCCGCGGGAAGCCCUACACGCUGGCGCUGGCCUUCAGAGAGCAGCUGUGUGAGGAGAUCCCAGUGGACGCCAAUGACGUCCUCAUCGAUGAAGUUCUGAGUGAGGAGGUCCAGUAGAACCGGAGCGGGCGGAGCCGCUGGUGUAGGUCUUUAUUAAAGUGUUAUCAGAAACCUCAAA